AUGGCGCCCAGUCGACUCAAUGUUCUCGUCCACACAGGCACCGGGACCACGGCCGAGUCUGUCAGGCACUGCAUGCAUUCGCUCCGCCGGCUGCUCUCGCCAAACUACGCCAUCAUCCCCGUCACCGAGACGGUCCUGCUAAAGGAGCCGUGGGCACAGACGUGCGCUCUUCUCGUGUUUCCCGGAGGCGCCGACCUUGGCUACUGUCGGGUGUUCAACGGCGAGGGAAACCGACGCAUCAGCGACUUUGUCCGCCGCGGAGGCGCGUAUCUCGGGCUCUGUGCCGGCGGGUAUUACGGCAGCAGCAGAUGCGAGUUUGAAGUUGGCAACAAGGCCCUCGAGGUCGUCGGAAGCAGAGAGCUUGGCUUCUUCCCCGGAACGUGUCGCGGCGGGGCGUUCAAGGGAUUCGAGUACAGGAGUGAGAGGGGAGCUCGGGCUGCUAUUAUCAAGGCGGAGAAGCAGGCCCUGCGAGACAAGAUCCCGGAUGAAUUCGCCGUUUACUACAACGGCGGUGGUGUUUUCGUGGACGGGAAGGCAACGGGAGGAGCAAGAGUCGAGGUGCUGGCGUCUUACAAGGACAAACUGGACGUGGACGGGGGCGAUGAAAAAGCCGCAGUGAUUCUGUGUCAUGUGGGAGAGGGCAAGGCAAUUCUCAGCGGGCCACACCCAGAAUUCGCACCCGCCAAUCUCAAGCCUCAAGCAGACAUUCCGGGAUACGGCGAACUCGUCGACAGACUUGCCGCAGAUGACAGAUCUCGAACCACCUUCUUGAAAGCUCUCUUGUCCGAACUUGGCCUCGAAGUUGUUCAAGACGAUUACACGCCCCCCUCCUUGUCCAGCCUCCAUCUCACCGCCCUCCACAGCGGCAAGGUGACGGAGCUGCUCUGCGAUUGGGGAGACGCCAUCGAAAAGGAGAAUGGCGACGAAUUCAUUCGUGGGGAAGCAGAUACUUUCAAGAUCAUCGUAGCCCAUCAGGAAGGGUUGAACCUGGAUGAGCUUGAAGAGGCUUUGCCGCAGGCCGACACGAUUGAUGACCCGAACUCCGUCAUCAAGAAGAUUGUUGCUCAUGAGGACAAGUUACCUAGCGAUUCGCUCACACCUCGCUUUAGCCACGAGCGGUUUUACUCUGGUCUGAAAAAGUAUAGGAGGGUUGAGUCUGGAGCUGAGCACUGGGGCGACGUUUUGCUCUAUGGCGAUGUCGUUACCAGCACCAACACUCUGCUUGAAAAAAACCCAAAACUCAACAGCAAGCUGCCAACUGGCUUCGUCUUCACCGCCACCACUCAAAUCGCAGGCCGGGGACGAGGAUCCAACGUCUGGGUCGCACCCCCGGGAUCCCUCCUCUUCUCCGUCGUCAUCAACCAUCCGGCUCACCUCGCCGCUUCAAGACCCAUCGUUUUCAUCCAGUAUAUCGCAGCUGUCGCCAUCGUCGAGGCCAUCCGCUCCUAUGAUGCGGGCUAUGAGAAUAUGCCCGUCAAGCUGAAGUGGCCUAAUGACAUAUAUGCCCUCGAUCCCACAAAGCCAGCAUCGUCCCAGUCCUACGUCAAAAUUGGCGGCAUCCUCUCCCAGUGCAGCUACUUCAACGGCGCCUACCAGGUCGUCCUCGGCAUCGGCAUCAACGCAACCAACCCGCGCCCGACGACCUCUCUCUCUGACCUGCUCCCGCAGACCGGCGUCGCGCCUUUCCACAUUGAGACCCUUCUCGCCCGCAUCAUCACGCGGCUCGAGGCCGUGUACGAGCAUUUCCGUCGCGAGGGCUUCUCUCAAGAUCUGGAGACGCGGUACUACCGCCACUGGCUGCAUACCGGACAGUCCAUCACGCUGGAGGCCGAGGGCGGCGUCAAGGCGAGGGUCGUGGGCAUCACGCGCGAUUGGGGGAUGCUGCGUGUCGAGGAGACGGAUUCCGAGGGGAGAGGGACCGGCAAGAUGUGGAGUCUCCAGAGUGAUGAGAAUAGCUUCGACUAUUGGAAGGGACUCGUCCGUAGAAAGGCAUGA